CUGAAUAAUAUUCUCCUCUAUUUACACGUUAGCAUUUGGACGAGUGUUUGUAAGCUGCAGUUGGCCAACAAAGGACAAUAACAGUAGAUGACGCUGUGUAUCACACAUAGAUACGACAUAUGAAGUGACAAAAGAGUGUUUUUACCUAUAGAACGAAUCGUUUUUAUCGUCUUAACUAACACAUUCUUGUUGAGACAGUAGCCGGCAUCGUCGUCUCUAUUUUUGACGCUAAACGAUAGUUACAACUGAACUCGGCCAGUUGGCGCAACAAUCGUGAAUAUGUCCAAGAGGACAACGAUUGGUAGCAACGAUUAUGUGAAUCAAAAUUCUGAUGAUCUACUGAAAGUGAUUUUGAACGUUGGCGGUCAAAAGCACGAAACCCGUUUAAGCACGUUGAAUAAUUUUACUGACACACGUUUGUCAUGGAUUAGAGAACGAGUCGUACAGGAUCGUCGUCCUAACCGUGAGUUCUUCUUUGACCGUCACCCGGGAAUGUUUUCCCACAUAUUGAACUAUUUUAGGACCGGUAAGCUUCAUGCUCCAAGAGAUAUAUGCGGACCAAUGUUUGAGGAGGAAUUGAGUUUUUGGGGCAUUAACCCAAAGCUUAUAGAACCGUGUUGUUGGUCUUACUACGAUGAGCAUAAUGAAUUGGAAGAAAAACUGCGAGACUUUGGACCAAUGGAUGACAAAGAGAGCUUUGUAGAGUGCCCGUCGGAUGAAGAGGAAAAAAUUGAAAAUAUUGAUGAUAUUUUUAAGGAUGAUUGUGAAACAAAGAAACACGAACCAAGCCGUCUCGACAAACGAACUAAGCAGUUAAAAAAAUCUUGGAAUAAAUGCGCAAAAUUCGUGUGGAAGUUAUUAGAGAAGCCAAAGUCGUCAAAGUGGGCAUGGGUGUUCAGUCUCAUCUCCCUAAUACUGGCAUUUGUAGUCGUUAUUCUAUUCUGGAUUUCAACUUUGGUCGAUAAUGACACGUGGCAUAUCCUAUACCUUUUCGAAAAAGCUUUGAUAAGUUGGUUUAGUUUUGAAUUCGUGGCUCGAUUGUUGACUUGUCCAGACAAGAAAUCAUUUUUGAAAUUAAUACAAACAUGGCUUGAUGUGAUGGCCUUUCUACCAUUUUAUUUGAUACUUGCGUUUCCAUACGAGGGUUUGCGUGUGUUGAAACUACUUUACGUGUUACGUUUCUAUCGAGCGUUUCGGGCCUAUCGUUUUUCCUAUGUGCUUCAAGUGUUCAUAAAGACGUUAAUGGGAAGUCUACGAGAACUUUUCCUUCUGUUUUUUAUCUUUUCAACACUGGUAGUUACCUACGGUUCCUUAGCAUACUACGCAGAAAAAAACCACAACAAACAUUUUUCAAGUAUUCCCGCCUCCUUUUGGUGGUCGUUGAUCACCAUGACAACCGUAGGUUAUGGUGAUAUCACGCCUACAACUUUGUAUGGAAAAUUAGUGGGAGGCGCAUGCGCACUGAGUGGUGUUUUGAUGAUGGCCUUGCCCGUGUCAGUUGUUGCUAGCAACUUCUCGUUAUACAACAAUUAUGCUAAGGUUAAAAUGAAAUUACCUAAGCGGGUAAAUAAGAAGAUAAUAAACAGUGAUUUACAUGGCCUGCAGUUCGCCACUCCAGAGAAUUCGCUUUCGAAUGAUGAACAACAGAAUUAUAACGGACGACGACGAUCGUUUCGUAGUCGAAGUAGGUACUCGUCUGUUAUUUCAACCUUAGAGGAAGAAGAUUAUAAUCAAGAUAGUGAAAUAGAAACCGUGGAAAUGACAAAGCGACAAAAAGUAAUGGAUUACGAGGAAACUGGGCCAUUUAGUGAUAAAAAAUACCCAAAAAAGCCUAACGGUUCACCCGUAUCUAAAAUGAAGGAAGUGCGUAUAUCAAUUCCUGAACAUCCCGAGUGUUAGACUUUUGGUAGAAGCAACUUCUAAUUAGUCCACUCGCUCCAUGGUUGAUGCGUGACUGAAGACCUGACGUCUUGGAAUAGUCUGUGCUAUGGGUACCACCAAAACCGGGUUCAUCAUGACAACAAGACUUUGAUUAUCAUGGCAAAAAGAGUUUGCAUAUUGAUGACAAUGGGCGAACAAGAAAAUGUCGCUGACAAACGUAGAUUUAUACUCUCGGUGAUAAUCAUAAACACAUGUUCAUAGUGUGACAGUAAAUGGUUUAACAUUGGUUAACUAGUAAUAUUAAAAAGAACACAAUUUCUUAGUAAACGGACUAACAUUUAUAUAUUUUAUUAAUGAACCUUUACUAAUGAAUGAAUCUUUAACAUCAAUGGGCCUCCGAAUGACAUGUUUCAGAGGCCAAAAACCAACACCAUGCAAAGUGGAGGGCAAAUCUUUCGCUCGGAUUUGUUUCAAGCGUUUAAAAACGUGAAUAAUGAGGUGACCUGCAAUGGGUGACUUUGAAGAAAAGGAAAUUGAUGAGAUAAGUAAGGUAUCUUGAAUAUGACAAGAUAACGUCUUCAUCGCAACUAUGUAACUAGAAUGAAAGUUCAUUUUACUUUGGUGUGGUGUAAUCAGUAUUAUACACAUCACCUCACCUCCAAUAAAUUGAACAGUUAUUGAAAGAUAUAAAGAAAUUAUAAAUGCAAGCUACUUCA